AUGACGGGAAACCUAAUUUACGCCUUCUUCUCGACACUCGCUGGCGUUGCUCUGCUACCGACCUUGACCCCGAUCUUCCCAACGCCGCUUCUGACGACAGCGCUGUCGGUGUUGCCCUCGCCCUCGCCCGCUCCUCUACCCUCUACAGCAGGCCCCAGUCUCGCACCAUCGCCUGUCCCGGGCCCCGUGGAGAUCAUUCUAGCCAUCAUUCCGGCUGUUUCCGGCCGCAUGCUUGAGAAGCGGACGGCAGCAAAGAGAGACCUUGGCGGGUUCAUAAGCGAUGCCGGCAGUCCGAAUCCCAAGGACUGCAGAUCUGCGACUACAUACAGGCUGGAUUCCGGAAGAUUGCAGAUUUCUUCCCGUCUCACCUUUUCGAUCUUUGCUGACGCGGGUACGAGCUUCACGGCGUUCCGCGCUCGCGAAUCGAUCAAUGCCGGUGCUAAUAUUGUGGCCACGACCUUCUCGAAUGACAACUCGAUUCUGCGUUGGCGCAACGCCUCGUUCUCCGGCGGCGAGGCUGGGUUCUGCCAGGUCGCUGCGACAGGCCAGGUCCAGGUCAUGCGUGGUUGGCAGCACCACUACCACUCCAAGCCAGCUACCAAGCACCGCUUCGAUCGCAACUGCUGUCGGUUCCACCCAGAGCGUUGGGCCAUCUUCGAACUUGCCUUCAACAUCCUUGGUCCAGCCUUCUUCCGGCGGUUCCACCCAGAGUGUUGGGCCGUCUUCGAACUUGCCUUCAACGUCUUUGAUCCAGCCUUCUUCCGGCGGUUCCACCCAGAGUAUCGGGCCAUCUUCAGACCUGCCCACGACGCCUUCGGUCGAGUCUUCGACCUCCUCCCAGUCAUCUCCGUCCGAAACAAGUUUGACUUCCCAGUCAACAUCCGUGACCUCGACUUUUUCCACGGGAUCAACUCAAACACCCUCCACGUCCGAGUCAACGGCCAGCACGCCCUCUACGCACACCGGCACCACCGAGUCUACGGCGAGCACCAGCUCUACCGAGUCCACGUCGAGCACCGAGUCUACGACCAGCACCGAAUCCACCACCAGCACAGAAUCCACAACCAGUACCGAGUCUACGACCAGCACCGAAUCCACCACCAGCACAGAAUCCACAACCAGUACCGAGUCUACGACCAGCACCGAGUCCACCACCAGCACAGAAUCCACAACCAGUACCGAGUCUACGACCAGUACCGAGUCCACCACCAGCACAGAAUCCACAACCAGUACCGAGUCUACGACCAGUACCGAAUCCACCACCAGUACCGAAUCCACCACCAGUACCGAAUCCACCACCAGCACAGAGUCCACCACCAGCACCGAGUCUACAACCAGUACCGAAUCCACGUCCAGCACCAGCACGUCCGAGUCUACGUCGAGCACCAGCACCACAACCAGCAGCACAUCGAUGAGCACAACGGCUGCCGCAACACCGACCUCCAGUACCGAAGUGACGACGACAAGCUCCUCGAGUUCAAGUUCCAGUACCGAAGCAGCGCCAACUCAAGCGAUCCAACGAACAAACCUUGUAACCAUGUGGGAACAAUAAACGUCGGCGUUGUCAGGUCUGAUUCGGCACCGGCCACUCCACCCCAUCCUGCCGGUGGGAAUUACGUGCUGAAGUUUGACCUCCUUCCGCCUUUCGGUUUGAAAUAUUCGUUCCUCGAGAACUACCUUACAAACACCGUCUCCGGCCGCACCUACCGCAUCAGUUUCGAGGUGGCCGGUUGCGGCGGGACGAAUGACAUUCGGUAUGUCUAUGUUAACGGAAACGAGAUCAGUUCGUUUGUGGCUCAGGGUGAUUGCAAUACAUGGAGCCCCUUCAGCGCCACCUUCACUGCGGUAGGGAAUGACGUGAUUGACGUCGAGCUUUUUUCACCCUAUUCUUCAGCAUCCACUCAGUGGUACUUCGACAACUUCGUCGUUGAAGAAGCAUAA